UUGUUUUGUGGAUAAGAAAAAACACCACGAAGUAUCUCAUUUCCAGACCAAACAAAGAUAAACGCACAACAAUGGAAGUUUGUAUGUCCCUAAAAUCACACUCAGUGUUGCUUGUCAACUCUAAGAAUGUUAAUGAUUCACACUUGGUCAGACACUCUUUUAGCUCUUCUUCUUCAUCACAACAGUUUGAUGGAAAAGAAAAGAGUAAAAGAAGAUUGAUGAUGGUGGUUGAAGCAAAAGGAAAAAAGGGGAUGCAAGCUCGACAGUUUCAAAGGCCAAUGCCUGCAAUGCCUAAGAUUGAAGAUGAUGGAAACCCAAGAUUUGUUAUUUUCAUCCGUAUGGCUAAUGUUUAUCUGUGGUACCCUGUUAGUAUCGUAGCAGGUGGAACAACAGCAAAGAUCUUGCUUGCAGGCAAAGAUAACUUUGUCGGGAAAUACAUUUACAAAGACACUCUAUCGAAAAAUCUGGCAGGAGUGAUAUACAAGGAUGAGAAGGAAGUUCAGAAGACAGCAAUUAGACAACAUCGUGUGUUACGCAAUGCAACAGAAUUCAGAUAUGGCUACAAAAUUGUGGAAGGUACAAACAUAAGAGCAGCACUUGGAAGCAAUGAUGUAAUUGAGCUUCCAACCAAAGCCGAACUGAAAACGGUGCUUGAUAAAGUUGUAGAUUUCUUUGGGGAGGCCAAAGAGUCAUUUGGAAAAUUGACUGAUCUAAGCUCAACAGCAGAUACCGAGCCUGAGGAAACCACAAAAGACACUAAACCCAAGGUCAAAAGCUGAAUGUGAAGGAGGAAGAGGGAUAUGCUGAUUUACCAUACUCACUUACAAGCAAAAUACAUAAUGAGGUUUUCCACGCUAAAAUUUACUGCAAAUUUUUGCUUUAAAUCUUUGUUAAAUAGAGUGAUGUUUGCAAGUUAUUGUCAAUAGUACAUAAUCUCUGUUAUCUUUAAAAUGAUUAUUGCAUUCAUACAAAAUCAGUAUUUUUUUUAA